GCUUAUGGUAGUUGAGUUUUGCUUAUGAUCGGUCACUUUUUGUUCAAGAACUCGUAACAGCAUGCAUCUGCUAUAACGAAAAGUUGCUUUACAAAACACUUCUAACACAAUGACUUAGCUAUCAUGAGUUUAAAAUUUAAAAACUUCAAAAACUGCGUACGAUGUCAAUUGAACUACCCUUAACUAUCGAUUUGUUAUUCGGCGAAACUGCUCUUACGUCACAGUUCUCCGAAACCAGGGCAAAAAACGAGACGCCCCAAUGGAUGCUCAGGGUUCGACUUCUUAGUGAAGUAUUUGUGUUGAGAGCUCUUCCCUGGAACAGUCGAGAGAAAUACGACCCAAUUUGUUACUCAAAUCAAGAGUAUUUGAAGUCGGCUCUUAAUUUCAUGUCGGCUUUGCCCGAGUUGAAAAGUCUGCCGAUUUUGGAGCUGGGCUGUGGUGACGGUCUAGUGUCCAUGUUUAUGAAACGCCGUGGUUUUAAAGGAAUUGUCACGUCUGACAUUGAGAAUGCGGAUUCCAUGUCGAUUUUGAAGUGGAAUAACGAACGUAAUGGACUGUACCACAAGCACAUACCCUUCAACUGGGGCCAGAAGUUCCCCACUUCUGAACUGGCCCAGUACUGGAAGGAACAAGUCAGCGUAGAUACUGUAGAUGGCUUAGAUUAUGGACCAUACGUAGCAAUGUUGCAUGACGUAUGCUUAAUAUUAGCAAAUGACGUUCUCUUUGACUCCCAAUACUUCCCUAUGUUUCAAGACACAAUCGAUCAACUCUUCUCAUUCAUCGAGAAAGAUCUGAAACGAGUGCCAGUUCUACUCCUCGGAAUUGGAUCCGAACAUCUAACCGAAGAGCAGCAGAAGUUUUUCUCGCAACUGGAAAAGCGAGACUCGACUAGCGUUGAUCCUUUGGGCAAAGGACACAAUAUGUUCUUGGUCAGCCUCAAAAACAGAAAACCGACACUUUUUAUUUAAAUCAGUUCUUAAUGUAGACUAGGCCAAUGCUCUUCUGAUGAUGUGAUGAUAAAGGCUGAUCUAA